AUGAACAUAACGCAAUUGUACUCGAGCUAUUACAGCAGAUCGGGCGAACAGCAUGACGAGGCGAAUCUCGUAGCCGCACAUGCUACAAUACAAGUCAUACACAAUCAUCUUCUCCAGGUGGGCACAUUCUUUACGCUCAUUUUGUGCUGUCGUGAUCGACACACAUGUAAUUUUUACAACAACCUCAUGGAAAAGCUGUUCCACAUGUGGGGUAUAUCUAUGGUGCGGUUUGUGGUGUUCCACAAGCACUCUAUGCGGCGCGUAAACGGCACAAAGCGUUUCAAUCUCAUACUAACGGACUCAUUUCAGGCAUUUCGUGAGAUCGACAUUGCGUCCGACUCGCGUCACAACAACUACAACGAGUAUUACUAUAUCUUUCUGCAAGUGCGCGAUGCAGAGAUGCAGUCCAAUCUACAGCAGAUCUUUGCGUAUUGUUGGGCGAACUCGAUGAUUAACUGCAGUGUACAGACACAAAAUGCUCGUGGUGAAAUAAUGGUCUACUCGUAUUUUCCCUUUACGGACCACUUUUGCGGUAGCGUGGAGCCGACGCUUAUAAGUCGUUUCAAUGGCACGCAUUUCCUGAACUCGACACUAUUUCCACGCAAGUUAAAGAACUUCCAUGGCUGUGUCUUGCGCGCCGCUAUUCGACACAUACCACCUUUCACGUUCUUACAUACGGAUGAACGGGGCGUCAGCCAUGUAGUGGGCGGCAUCGAGGGCCAUUUGUUGCGUCAGCUGAGCGAAAUAUUAAAUUUCACAAUAGAAGUUAAAGUGCCACCCGAUAAUAUAGUAUUCCAGUUUGGCGCUAUUAGAAUGCUACAGCACGGCGAAGCCGAUAUGGGUUUGGGUGCUUUCAGUCAGAGGCCCGCACUGCUGGAUGUUGUUUCAGCCGUCUCCAGCUAUUACCAGACGCGUCAGAUUUUAUGCGUCUCCAAGAAGGCAUAUAGUUUAAAUUCCUUGGAGCUGUUCAUAUUUCCCUUCGAUGCGAUUACAUGGUCACUCAUUUGGAGCACGUACCUCCUAUGCUGGGUGUUGUUCGCUGUAUUGAGCAAAUGUUAUAAGCAAAGUUUGGAGAAGAAUGUGCAGCCGUUCUUGAACACCCUAUCCAUUCUACUUGGCAUGCCAACAACACAUACGCCAAUGUGCCAUUAUGGACGCCUACUAUUCAUCAUUUGGUUAUGCUUUACCCUGCUGAUACGUACCGUCUACCAGGGAGUACUCUUCACUUACGCACAUCAUGAUACAAUCGCGCCUGUGCCGUCGAAUUUGGAUGAGCUUGUUGCGCGCAAUUUCACAACCGUUAUAUCGGUUUUCAAUCGUGGUUUACUAACUGAUGUGGAGCUUUUGAGAAAACUACCAACGAUUACGACAACGGGUUUGGAUGGUUUGAGCGUCUUUGAUUAUGUAAGGCACGUCUCCAAACGGAAUUACGUCGCGAUUGAAACUCAAGAUUUCUUGCGUUACUACAAGAAGCGGCACAACAAAACGGAUUAUUUUGUGAUUUUGAGCAAUGAUUUCAUGAAUUUUCAAAGCACCAUGUAUUUGGCAAAGCAUUCAUUCUUGAUUGAUCAGUUUGAGCAGGAGAUUUGGUGGAUACGCUCGGCGGGCUUGGUGAAGGGCUGGUAUCAGGUAGAGUUCAACUAUAGAAAUGAAGAUCCAAAUCAGGUUGAUGUCAUCGUUUUGGGAGAUGUCUAUGUCGUCUUUGUAAUGCUUGGUAUAGGCUUAGGUUUGGCAUUGUUGGUUUUUGGCUUGGAGAUUUUGUCACUUCGUGUAAGGAUUUUAAAAAGCCUACUUUCUAAAAUAUAGCAAGUCCUU